GACCUGUCAAGGACAACAACAACCAAGCAAAGGACAGCCACAGAGCAGUCAGCAGCAGCAACCAAGCCAGUCAUGCUGUACAAGCCGCACACCCCCAUGGAGCUCGGCGACGCCGCGCUGGGCCAGCUCACGAGCGCGCUCGUGUUCCUCUUCGACCACAUGAUCCCCGCCGUGCACAGCGUCGUCACGUGGGAGGCGGACCUGAGCCCACUCGUCCCGGAAUGGGCUGAGGAUGCGAGACCAAGCAACAGCAAGGUGCUCGCUACGAAGUCGCCUGCUCUGACCGCAUAGCUUUUGCGACGGAUCUACGCGGGUUAUCCCCCCGUAAAACAACCCGCUGGAUGUACUGUAAACUGCAAGACGCUACGACGUGAAGAAGAAGAAGAAGAAAAAGGAGAAAUACCCCGUCCCCACCGAUGCAUUUGAGUCAAGCAGCGCGAGUGCCGUCCACGUCGAGGAUUGAGCUGCGCGCUCGGGUGUUCGCUCAUGCUGGACACCUCUACACUUCGCCCCUUUAAUUUAUAUAUCACUUGUCCCC